AUGGCUGUAUCACUUCAAAAGUACCCUCUAAGACCCAUCUCCAACAACAUCCCAAGAAGCCACCGCCCGUCUCUUCUCCAUGUUCGUGUCACGUGCUCUGCUACAACAACCACCAAGCCUCAGCCUAACCUUGAGAAGCUUGUGGUUGAGAAUCGCUUCGUGAACCCUCCUCUGCCCAACGACCCAACUCUGCAAUCGACAUGGUCCCACCGCUUAUGGGUUGCAGCAGGCUGCACCAGCUUGUUUGCUUCUUUAGCUAAAUCUAUUGUUGGAGGGUUUGGUUCUCAUCUCUGGCUCGAACCAGCUUUAGCCGGUUAUGCAGGGUAUGUCUUAGCUGAUCUCGGCUCCGGAGUGUACCACUGGGCCAUCGAUAACUACGGUGAUGAGUCAACGCCUAUUGUCGGAACCCAAAUCGAAGCGUUUCAGGGUCACCACAAGUGGCCUUGGAUCAUCACCAGAAGGCAAUUUGCCAACAAUCUACACGCUCUAGCUCGGGUCAUAACCUUGACAGUUCUCCCACUAGACCUUGCGUUUAGUGACCCUGUGGUUCAUGGCUUUGUGAGCACGUUUGCAUUUUGCAUAAUGUUUAGCCAGCAGUUCCAUGCUUGGGCUCAUGGGACCAAGAGCAAGCUUCCACCUCUCGUGGUGGCGUUGCAGGACAUCGGGCUGCUUGUUUCACGGAGACAGCACGCGGAACAUCACCGAGCACCGUAUAACAACAAUUACUGCAUAGUGAGUGGUGCGUGGAACAAGGUGUUGGAUGAAACUAAGGUCUUUGAGGCAAUGGAAAUGGUGUUGUAUUUGCAGCUCGGGGUGAGACCGAGAUCAUGGAGCGACCCAAACUCAGACUGGACGGAAGAAACCGAGAUCAUCUCCAACAACCAAGCAUAA